UUAAAAAUGUUUUAUAUUGAGUUACAUCAAAUGCAUUUACACACCAGACUUCUAAGGAAUGCAUUGGUGUCAUUUUUGAACCUACAAAUUUCCUGCUCAAAUUGUGUAUAUUAAUCAAUUUAAUAGCAUAGCUUUAUAAUUAUUAGAAAAUAGGAAGAACAAUGAAUUCUGAUUUGUAUGAGGACCAGUUUUCUUCAAAGUUUAUUUUAAGUAUACCUGUAAUGGGAAUAGAUACAGAUGGGUCUGUAGUUAUUGACGGACAAAGAACUCGGACUGAUGUAAGAGAUUUAAGUAUUGAAAGCGCUGGUGUUCUUGUCCUGCCAUUCUCGAGUGAACAAGAUUCAUCAGCUAUAUCAACUCAAUAUGAAGAAAUUGUAUUUGAAGAUUUCGAUCAUUUCAUAACGGCCGAUGUAUCAAAAUAUUCUUCACUGAUAGAUAAUGAACAACAGUCAGAUUUAUAUAAUUUAAGUGAAAUAGAAUUAAAUAGCAAAAGUAACAAUAAAAAAGUUGUGAAAGUUGUACCGAAGUGUGAAGGUGCACAAACUUUAUACAAAUGUAGAACAUGUUUGAAGGAAUUUCCAAGUAAAACAGAAUUAAAUGAACACAAAAUACAGCAUGGAGGAACAUCUCAUUGGAAGUGUCUUAUUUGCGAGAAAAGCUUUUCGCAACAAAGUAAUCUAUGGAAACAUAUUAGAUCUCAUACUGGAGAAAGACCAUUUUUAUGUGAUAUUUGCAAUAAAGGAUUUACUCAGUUGGCAAAUUUACAAAAGCAUAAGCUUGUACACACAGGUGAAAAACCAUUCAAUUGUUCAGUCUGUGGAAAAGCUUUCUCCCAACAAGCGAAUAUGUUGAAGCAUCAACUUCUUCAUACAGGUGAAAAGCCUUUUGCGUGUCAAACAUGCAAUAAAAGUUUCACACAAAAAUCCAAUUUGGCAAAACAUGAGUUAUUACAUACAGGAGAAAAACCACACACUUGCAAAACCUGCUCGAGGUCCUUUACACAACAAUCAAAUUUGAAAAAGCACGAAUGUCGACAUAUUAACCAUAGACCACACUGCUGUGAAUUUUGUGAUAAAAGAUACAUUCAAAAAGUGAGUUUAGAUCGGCAUAAACUUAAAUGUAAUGGUUCUUUGUCAUCAUAUGAGAACAGUGAAUCUGAAAAUAAAUCAAUUCAAAUCUCUAUCAAAGACAGUGAUAGUUAUUUAACGAUAGUGGAAAUAAAAAGUGAACAUGAAAAUUAAAAUGAAAAAUGAAUGAGAAUUCAUAGGAUUUGUUAGAUAAAUUGUUGAUAGAAUAAA